UGUUUGUGUAUAUUUAUUGAUUAUUUUCUUUGUUGUGUUUGCAGGCACAGCUUUGUCGUUGUGACAUUUUGAUAAACACUAAUUUUAGAUAAACGAUUAUUUCGCAGUGUUGCGUAUAGCAAUAUUUUGUAAAUAAAUAUGAAUAGUGGCGACUUAGAGUCUUGCUUUUCUACAAUUAUUCCUAGAGUUGAGUUUCUCAAUGUACAAGAUCAAUAUUCCUAUAAUGACGACCUAAUUUGUAAAUAUUACCUAACAGACUAUGAGGUGCAAGAAGGAGAUAGAGUUGCUAUAUUUAGACUGGGGUGGCAGUACAUAAAAGAUUAUAUUUUGUUUGAGUGGGCCCCCAAAGACAGCGAGGCCAAUCUCGUAGUAUUUAACAAACCAUGCCUUCCAAAGAACACCUCCGAAAUUUAUCAGUUUUGUUUCAUAUCCGGGGAAAAUAACGUGCUCGGCGCCAGCGAACCCUUCCAAUUCUCCGAAAAAACCAAAAAUUACCAAUCGCUGUUCAGAUCGUCCGUACUCAAGCUAGACAGUUCGAUGCAGGACGAUUACAAAUCUUUAAGCAACGCCUCGCCAUCCUCCCUCAAUAAUAUACCCGACGUGAUCGAGCGCGAUCGCGAGAUGCUUCGAUUGAGGGAGGAGAACGAAUUUUUACGAAAC